UGGGUCAGUUGCAGCAGCUCAGACACUUCAUUCAUCGAAAAAGGAAGUGUGUUCUGUGGACUCUUUUGUUUCCUCAUUCGAGCUCGGCUGAGAGGCGCGUCCUUGUCUCGCUUGACUCCAGACCCGAGCAGGUCCGAGUCGAGAGAGAGCAUGUGUUGGAGGAGAUGAAGAGGAGGGACUUCACCGGAGCACAUCUCCUGCAGCAUCUGCGAGGACCUCAGCGAGUGCUCUCCACCGUCCACGGAGCGCUUCACUCCUCCGCUGCUGCGCACCGGAGCGCCGGAGUCCUUUUUACGCGCGGAGCCCGCGCCGCUGCCCGGAGUCGGUGCGUUGCUGGCCCGACCUGAAGUGUCUGUUCGGGACCGAUGUGAUGUUUAUUUGAUGAGGGGAUUAGUGUCGUGACAUGCUCGGAGUCUGGUGUCUCCACAGAGAAAUGGAACUGUCUGCAUUUAUGGUUACAUGAGCGCCAGCGCUGCAGGCCAGAUGCCGGUGAUGGAGAAGCCUGUCAGUGAGAGCAACACCAUGCCCAAGCGGAUGGCUCUCAUCUGCUUCCUGUCUCUGGUCAUGCUGAUGAGCAUCCUGGGAAACCUGCUGGUCAUGGUGGCCGUCUGCAAGGACCGACAACUCAGGAAAAUCAAGACCAACUACUUCAUCGUGUCUCUGGCGUUCGCCGACUUGCUGGUGUCGGUGCUGGUGAUGCCGUUCGGUGCCAUCGAGCUGGUGCACCAGCACUGGAUCUACGGCGAGACCUUCUGUCUGGUCCGAACAUCUCUGGACGUCCUGCUGACCACCGCGUCCAUCCUCCACCUGUGCUGCAUCGCCCUGGACAGGUACUACGCCAUCUGCUGUCAGCCUCUGGUCUACCGCAACAAAAUGACGCCGAUGAGAGUCACGUUGAUGAUCGGAGGCUGCUGGUGUAUUCCCACCUUCAUCUCCUUCCUGCCCAUAAUGCAGGGGUGGAACAGUAUCGGCAUUGACCACGUGAUCGAGCAGAGACGAAACAUGGAAGGCAGCAACUCCACCUCCUGCGUCUUCAUGGUCAACAAGCCGUACGCCCUCACCUGCUCAGUGGUGGCCUUCUACAUCCCCCUGGUCCUCAUGGUGCUGGCCUACCAGAGGAUCUACAUCACCGCGCGAGCGCACGCCCUUCAAAUCAGCAUGCUGCAGCGGGCAGGUGGCGCCAGCUCCAGUGCGCCCGGCACCUCUGGACUUGUGGCGGCGCCGGACUCCGCCGACCAUCAGAGGAAUCAUAGGAUGAGGACUGAAACCAAAGCGGCAAAGACGCUGUGUAUUAUUAUGGGCUGUUUCUGCCUCUGCUGGGCGCCCUUCUUUGUCACGAACGUGGUGGACCCGUUUAUAGACUACACAGUGCCGGACAAGCUGUGGGCCGCCUGCCUCUGGCUCGGCUACAUUAACUCCAUGCUCAACCCCAUCCUUUACGCCUUCCUCAACAAGUCCUUCCGUCGUGCCUUCCUCAUCAUCCUGUGCUGUGGGAGGAAACGGUACCGCAGGCCGUCCAUACUCGGAACCGGAGCUGCAUGUACGACGACGCAGAUCAACGGCUCUACACAUGUACUCAACGGCUGCUCCUCUGCCUCCAAGCUGCUGCUCUGGUUCUGCAACACCAGGCCAGUGCCUGUCUAGCUGCUGUCUGUCUAUGGCGUCUUUCAAAUACACAGUCCUUCACAACGGGCUCCACGCAGAGCUGGAGAAGAAGUCUCUGCACUCCGACAUAGAGUCCCACGAGUCCUGCUUGUGACCGGCGACGGCUCUUUGGUGGACUCUGCGGCGGGCUCCCGCCGCCUCGGCGCCACUGUCUGCUGGGAGAGGCGCAACCCGGUCAGAUGGGACAUCAACUCUCCACUGGUGCACUCAAAGCCUUCGCAGAUGUCCGUGGUGCUGGUCCGGAGAGGGCGUCGACCCCAUGAAGUGGGACUCGCUGUGGGCGGGGGAUUAUCACUGCUUUGGGAAGGUUCAGCAGCUAACUAUGUUGCCAAAGCUAUCCGAUAUCACAUGCAGGGGCGGCUGUCUCGUGUCUCACUCGAGUCGUUGUGCCAAACGUGUUUCUGCUCGUGGAACUGAUUAAAUCUGCUCCCACAUUUUUGACCCAAUUUCUUUUCGCAAAUGAUCUUUUUCCACUCAUGGAUGAACCGGGUCAUGAGCUCGUGCUGCGUUCAAGGCACAGGAAGUCUUAGCACUGAAAGAAUUCAUCCAAGUCAUCAGACAUAGGUUUCAUUCAUAAGAGUCAGUGUGAACCACACGCAUCAAUCUCACAGCGUGGGGUCCAAAUUGUGCCACCCAAUGUCUCAACACUAAAUGCUAUGCUAAUCUGAAGCUAGCUCUUGGUCACCUACGCUAUGUUUGGUAGCAGCUUUCUCGCUUCUGUCCUAAAAUGACUCACUCGGAUGUGUAGGAUUCACCUGAUUCACCUGUGUGGGACAGAAUCUGUCGAUAAGUUAAACCAUCCUGCAGUUAGGGGUCCGAGGACAAGGACUCACUCAGGGGUGUGACUCCAAUAGUGGAUCUGGUUAUCAGAAUGUUUGCAUGAAAGACACUCCCUGGAGGACAGUGGUACCUCGGUUUUGUAACGUCUCGGAAUUCAAAAAACAAACAAAAAGAGAUUUUUUUGCUUCGGAUUUCAAACGAAAAUCCAGAACUCGGACACCCCCGUAAAAAGCCGGAAAAAAAAAAAACAUGCGCGGACCGAUCAGCUGACCCACGACAGGCUUUGUUAUUGUGCAUAACGCAGCCUCUGUAUGCAGACGUGUCCCAUUAGCUACAUUUACUGACUGAUAUUUUUCUUCAUAAUGAGGUGUAAAACUGUCUCCACACUGGACCGUGGUAGAGUCACAGGGGAGGUGCUCGCUCUCCACACCUCCGACAGGGAUGAGGCGAGUCUGGGACAGAGCAUUACUUAGUUUAUGACUUUGUCACAGCCAAACUGCACAGAAGCGCACAUUCAGAGCUGGACACGCACCGGGCACCUCUUCACUUCUGUAGAGACGUCACUCACUCGGCAACCCCUCCCACAUGCAGCGGCCACACACAUAGAGGAACAGCGCACCUGCAGCAGACACUCUACAUUCACUCCUACAAAAGCCUGUUUUAAGGCUUGGAACGCAUUAUUUCUUUUUCCAUUCAUUGUAAUGGGAAAAAUCGAUUCAGAUUUCGAACAAAUCGCUUCUCGAACGGCCGUCUGGAACGGAUUGUGGUUGAGAACCGAGGUACCACUGUAUAUAUAAAACCUCAUCACAAGCAAAGUGUGAGUCCCGGUUUGUUUAAUCGACUAAUUCAGGUCAAUUUAAUGGGCAAAACACUGACAUUUAGCCACGGUUAGUAUGGAGCGUGACAGUCAAUCCUGUCCCCUAAACAUCAAGCAUCCUUAAUGGUUCUGGAACAGAACAAUUCUAUAGCCAUCUAACACCCAAAUGAGUAAUGUCUAAGUAUUUUCCUGCCGCCUUGAACGCAGCAUUGCCCACUGUGCAGACCAAAGCUGUGGAAACGUAGAGUCCUGCCAACGUGAGCGGCAACAAGACUUUUAUUUCAUGAAACAUGAGGGUUUUGCGCGUGUGUUGCGCGAGUCUGGCGCAACAUCGAGGUUGCCAAAAAACAAACUCCCGAGCAUCGGUUUUAUUUAUUAAAGAGAUUAAAUAUGAAUUUAAAAACUGGGCCUUUGGGAAGAUUUGCCCGCGAGCUCGCAGGAUGUUUGUCUCCCGGGUCAGACCCUUCCAGCUUUCCAAAUCCCCACUAAGCUAAAAUGUGGUCACAAGGCUGCAUUAAAAAGUGCAUUACGAAUGAGUUGUUGUUCUCUUUUUUUGUUUACUCCAUGCAAUAAGCAUGCCGCAUAAGUGGACCUCGAUGAAUAAAAAGCUGCUCAUGAAUGAUUCAGCAGGUAAUUGUGAUGAUGCUGGUGCAAUAUGUGUUUCCAUGGUGAUUGGCUCUGAAGCAAAAAUUGUAUUUAUGUGUGUCUUUUGAGUCACAUUCCACCCCACUGCUGGUGUUUAUUGGCUGUUGGUGAUCAUGCUAUGCAAGCUGAAACACCAGAACUGAUCUCAAAGUGUUUUGGCAGAUGCGUCUGCGGGAAGACUCCUGAAAUUAAAAUUCAUUUUUGACCUCAUCUGUCUGCGGUGUGACGUUGAGAAAUGUCCUCCACAAGCGGUAGGGGGUAGUUUGUCACCUUCCAUUUCAUCAAGCUCUGAAGUUUAGAACUGCUCUUGCUACGAUGAUAUGAUCAAAUAAGAAAGUUUAAAAAGACCCUGAACCUGCAGUGAGGUGUUCCCAGCUCACCAGUGAUGUCUGCCUCCCCCUGUUGACAUCCUGAGGAGAUGCCUCAGCUGCCUCGACUUGCUUCACUUGGAGGAGGAAUUAGUGAAACAAGAUCAAUAAUCCAACAUUUGAAGUUGGUUAUGAAGGCCAGCAACAAACUGCUCCUGUCUUUAGUGUCUUUAGUUUUAAUACAAAAUAGCCAAACGUAAUGCUAGUAAACAUGUUUUAAAUUUUAGUGUAAGUUUCCUCUAUAAGGAAACAAUAUAUCAAUAAGGGCGUGGCUUGUUGGAGUUAUGGAUCCAUUCUUGCUCAUGUCAAUAUGUGCCUGCCGUUACCACGGCAACCAUUGAAGCCGAAAAACCCUCAUGAAUUUAAUGAACCAAGCUGGAGACGUACCAGCCGCAUCGCAAGGUUCCUGAAAGAAAUCAAUCUGCUGGAAAGUGAAGUCAUCCGAGAGCUUGAGCGUUUCUUCAGGUAGAUUAGCGGCGGGUAGUGAUGAAAGCCACCCGACUCUCGCGGCAACGUUCUGAUCUUCCCUCUGAAGUCCAUGUCUCUCCGUGUUAGAGCAGAUCAAACUGUUGACGUUUGAGUGAACCUCAUUCCUGAAAAUGUUUGAUUCAGUUUGUUCACUGCCGUCACAUGGUCGUCUCUGUCUGUAGCUCCCGAUCUGUUGCCAGGUUAUCAGUGACCUGCAGCCGAGUCACCCUCAGACACUCCCAAAUCAGAUUCCCGUCCCUUCAUGGCUGUGAUCCAGGUUAAGUGGAUUACAUUAAAAGGCUCUCAGGUGAACCACCUCGAUGUCUUCAGAGUCCCUGGAGCUGAACAGAACAAUCAAAUGGUGAGUCUCUUCACUGACCCCAUACGGGUCCAAAGCUGAGAUUUUAGGAACUAGAUAACUGUAACAAAUAACAAAUGGCUACUUUUGAGAAGUUGUUCAUCUAGGCUGACAAAUUCAACCAAGAAUGUCAACAUCAAACAAAACUGUCUGAGGUGUAAAUUCAUCCCUGGUCAUCUGGAGACUCGGAGUAGAGCAUCAGAAGAUGAUCCACCUGUCCAACUCUUACGAUAAUAUGCUUCCACUCUGGAUCGGGAAUGUCUCGGGAUCAAACAUUUGAGAGUCCGGAAAUCGGUGAUGAAAUGAACACUAGCUAAACGCUAGCAACCACGUUGUCUUUACUCAACUGCGUCUUCUACAUGAAACACUAACACUGGAGUGUAAAGCUGGCCCUCGGUGUUGCUGUGUUGUUCACGUUGUUCAUCAAAUGUUUCAUAUUUUGGUCCUCAAUUUACAGAAAAAUAAUCCAAAAAAAACUGUCUCCUGAGACGUCGAUCGCUAACACUUCGUUUCUGAGCUCAUGGACUGAAUGUGUAGAUACGGACUGAAGAAAAUCUUUUGUAAAACAUUUCAGUAUUUAUUUUGA